AUGUGUGCUAUCAUCCGGGCAGAAGACCCUGACUUUGCACAAUCACUCUACGAAAAGUUCAAGAAUCCUAAGAUCGAAGAAAUAUCCGGAAUACCAGGAUUGAAGGUCGAAGUGCACAAGCCUCUCAACCUUUAUACAAACAAGGGGUUCACCCACAGGGUAAAUCGCAAGAAAGUCAUCUGCUCCUGGCACAAACCAAAGCAACUGGCUUGCUUGACCUUUGGUUCCGAGUCUGCAGAGAGUGAAGUCCGCAGUAAAUUCGGAAUUGGAAUAUUCACUGUGCUGGGAGCGAAGGUUUCUUGUGCACCAAGGUCGAACGCGCUACAUCACCGACAGGGGAGCAACUUGGGAAUGCCAUAUUCAGCCAAUUCGUCACCGAAGUUGAGACUAUACGUUCCACCACAAGCUACGAAGGACGACAUUCUCAGCAUGAUUCCUCAAAGACAGCGACCCACAAGUGUAAAACUUGAGGGACUGCAGGACCUGGACAAUACCAAGAGUGAGGUCGACUUCGUUGAAGCUCUACUCGUGGGCAUUGGACCAUUGGAGACGAGACUCAAGGCGGAUGCAGACACCGUUGGCAAACGAGUCAAGGCGAUGGCUCGUUUCUCGGACGAGGCAGACGCUAUGACUGCGGUUAGGUUGCUUGACUCUAAGCCCUUGCCAUUCAACAAGGACGACAGACUCAGCAUCAGUAGAGUUCAUUCUGCAACCUACAAGAUCGCGGAUCAUAUCUUCAGCGCGGUUCUUCUAGACUUCGAGAAAGCUGCUCAGACUUUCCGCUCGAUAAGAGUCAACUUCAAAAGAUUUCCACCGGCAAAUGGCUACGUCACACUGAGACUCGAGAGUGAAAGGGGAGUUGAUCUCGCGGCAGCUGAGACUCACACAGACAAGCUACUCGAAGGACGCUUAGUAUACGAUGCUGGAGGUAAGAAGCCCCUCUGGAGUCCAUCUUUCAAUAAUAAACCACUGGCGAAUCGACGGCUUCGACCCAUCGAGGGACAGCAUAAAGUGGCGUUUCAGUGCGCUCCGUCCAAAGCCGAGAUCCACAGUCUGCACUGGGCCAUCAGGGGAGGAUUCAAGGCUAUCUGCGAAAUCCUGGGUGAGGAAGCUGUAUCCCUCAACAUUCUUGAGACACCCAAAAGGUUGGAGAUCAUCGGUCCGCGAGCUUCUUUUGACACGGCUAUGGAUAUCUUGGCCAAAGGACGUUUACCUCAGGAGCAUGAGACAACCGCAGUAGCAGAGGAAUGCUGUCCGGUUUGUUGGACAACGGCUGAGACCCCACUGAAAGUCAAAUGUGGACAUGUGUACUGCCGUGACUGUUUCGAAAACUUCUGCCAAUCGACCGUUGGUAACGGAGAAUCGGGCAUCCGCUGUCUGGCCGACGAGGGCGCUUGUAAUGCCUUGUUCUCACUCCAGGAGCUUCAAGACUCCCUGUCAUCGGUCACCUUCGAAGAGCUUCUUGCUUCCGCGGUGACGAGUCAUGUCAAUAGUCGCCCGGAUGAGUUUCGCUGGUGUCCAACCCCAGACUGCCAAGCCAUAUACAGACCGACAUUGCAAGGACCGCCAAAAGUCUUCAGCUGCCGAGGGUGCUCAAAGACCAUUUGCGCAUCAUGUAACGUCGACCACCGCGGCAAGACCUGUGCCGAACACAAAUACGUCACAUCAGGAGCAGCGGCAGAUGCUGAUAGGAAGUUCGACAAAGUCAAGAAGAAGCUAGGAAUAAAAGAUUGUCCUAGAUGCAAAACUUCGAUUCAAAAGUCGGACGGCUGCAACCACAUGACUUGCAGCGCUUGCAAAGCACACAUCUGCUGGGUUUGUCUGGAAGCUUUCAAUGAUUCGAAGCCUUGCUAUGAUCACAUGAACAAAGCACAUGGAGGAAUCUUCCCAGAUGAUGCGCUAUACGAAGCAUGA